AUGGCUUGUUACUCUGCCGGUGCAAUAACACCGACCGACAGACGCAUGGCGAGACCCCAAGAUACGGCUUUGGCCCGAUUCUAUGGCCUCCCUAAGGUGCACAAAGACGGCGCUCCUCUCCUACCCAUCGUGUCGCUCAAAGGGACUCCAACGUACGGACUGGCUAAGUGGCUGUUCCGGCGUCUCAAGUUCCUGACCGCUGAGUCAGACACCACGGUCUCUUCGUCAGCACAAUUCCUGGAGAAAUUCAAAGGGGUAAGCAUCCAUCCAAAUGAGGUCAUGGUAUCUUUUGAUGUUACAUCCCUUUUUACUUCUAUUCCCCAGGACCUGACGAUCGAGACAAUUGAGCUGCUACUACAAAGCAAAUACGAUGAAACGGAGAACCGUCUUGGACACGACCAAAUCCUUCAGCUCCUGAAGCUCUGUCUCAGAACGUACUUCACGUUCGACGGGACAAUCUACGAACAGGUGAAGGGCACACCAAUGGGUUCGCCGAUUUCGGGAUUCAUCGCCGAAGCGGUCCUGCAACGGUUAGAGUCGCUGGUCUUCCAACACCACAGACCGAAAUUCUGGGCCCGGUAUGUGGAUGAUACCUUCGUCGUCAUCGAACGGGAUCAGAUGUUGACAUUCCAGGAACAUCUCAACGCCGUCUUCCCGGACAUUCAAUUAACAAUGGAGGAGGAAGAGAACAACCAGCUGGCCUUCCUGGAUGUCCUCGUAUGCCGCAAAGAUUGUGGUGAACUAAAAACCAAAUGUUCAGGAAAGAGACAAAUACGAUGUGAGUACUGA